AUGUACCUUUCUGUUUUCCCGUUUUGUGUUGUUUUUCUUUACAUUAUAUUUUUAAAUCCUAUAUUAUCUAAAAAGGUAUAUUUAAAUAAUAAUAUUUUGUACAUUUAUAGUUUGAAAAAGAUAGGCUUACCAAAAUUGAGAAAGAGGUCAUAUAGUAUAUCAGUUCAUUCAAAUAAUAAUAAUAAUAAUAAUAAUAAUAAUAAUAGUAAUUAUAAUAAUUAUAAUAAUAAUAAUAAUGAGAAUUAUGUUCAAAAUGGGGAUGAAGAAAAUUUAAGAAUUACUAAUUUUGAAAAGGAAGAUAUAAAAAUUAAUAAACAUUUAAAUGUGAAUAUUUUUCGUACAGAAAAAAACACAUCUAUAUAUGAUGAAGGGCUGUGUAUAUAUAAUAUUCUUAAAGAUAUUGAAAUAAAAGAUGUAAAAAAGGUACCUUGUUUUGAUCCCAAUUUGGCUGAUAUAACAAUAGAACAUGGCAACAGCAACAACAAUAAUAAUAAUAAUAAUAAUAAUAAUAAUAGUAGGGAUAAUAAUGUGGGAAGGAAAAAGAACGAAUCAGGUGAUGAUAUAUAUAGAUUAAGACAAAAUAAAAAAAGUAGUUACCUAGAAAAUUCACUAAUUUAUAAAGAUACUAAUUAUGAAUUGCCAUAUGUUUUAAAUUAUUAUCCAGAUGAUAUGUUUAUUUUCAAUUUCGAUGGAGUAAUAAAUUUAAAUAAGCAAGAAAAAAUUGUUGUUGCAUUCUUAACAUUUUUAAAAAUAUUUAAACAACCAUUUGUUUUUAAUAAUAAGAAGAUAAACAAUUUAAUGCUGUAUGAUUUUAUUGAGAAAGAGGGAAAUCAUAUCUUCCAAGAUAAUGAUCAAAAGGAUCAAAAAAAUGAUAGCUCAAAAUUAAGUAACAAUAAUAAUGUCAAUACAUAUAAUGAAUGGGAUGGAGGCAAAGACCCAUUUAUUUUGCAUAAGCUUAUGCCCAAAUUUUUUUAUACGAGACUUCUUCAUAUUUAUAAAUAUUUAAAAAGAAAUGAAGAUCUUGUUAUUGCAAUUAAAUAUAUAUAUGAUGAAAUAAAUAAUGUCUGUAUAAAAUAUAAUUAUAAUAUUAAUGAUCUCAUAGCAUUAUCAAAUGAAAAAAAUGUUCUAGCCAAAAAAUUAAAUGAAAUUAAAAAUUCUAAAAGUGUAACAUACCAAAAUGAAGAAUAUGAUAAUAAUAUAAAAAUAAACAAAAAUAUAAAUAAAGAAAAUAUUAAUAAUAAUAAUAAUAAUAAUUGUGAUCAUAUAAAUAAUUAUGAGUUGACAAAAGAAUUAACUAUGGGAACAUUCAAUCCUAAUAUUCUUUAUAAAUAUAAAAAUAUAGAAAACUUGUUUAAUAUAUUUCCAUGUUUUCGUGCUGAAUUUGAAGAUUUUUAUAUAAAUAAUAUAUAUUUGAAAUUAUAUGAAAAAUACAAAUUGGAUUCUAAAUAUGUACACAAUGAAUUUAAUAAAAUUAGAAAUAAUUUAAUGAGUACAUACAAAAAUGCAUAUUUAAAUUUAAUAAAGUAUAGAUAUAUAUGUAAUGAUUUAAAUGAUGAAGAAAGAAAAAAACAUGAAACUUUUAAUUUUACUUGUAUAGAUAUUAUAAAUCAUAAUAUUAAUAUUUUUAAAAAACCUAUAUAUAUAAUGUCUACUACAGAAAAUUAUGAUUUUAUUAAAUAUACAUUAAAUGUAUUUGGAUUACAUAUCGAAAGACAAGAAAAUCAUAAUUUGCUACGUAUUUUUGGAUAUGAUACUUUAUAUCCAUCUGAUUCAAAUCAUUCAAAUAAAUACAAUAAAAUUAUAACUCAACUAAGAAACCUUUUUAAAACAGAUUAUUUUAAUAAACAACAUAAACACAAUGAAAAAGAUGAUUAUAUUUAUGAUAAAUAUAAUAUUGAUAUUAAUUAUUUAAAUUAUUUUAAUAAAACACAAAAAAAAGAUUAUUAUUUUAAGAAUAAUUUAAAUUAUAUGAAUAUACUAAAAGAAAAAUGUGAUCUAAUUAAUAUUAUUAUAAAAUCAUUUCAUGAUGAUAACAAUUCUAUGAUACAUAUCGUCGAUCAUAAAUAUGAUGAUUUAAAUGCUUUAAGUAAUGAUUCAAGAAUUCAUAAAAAAAUCAAAUUAUAUUUUUGUGAAUGGGGAUAUAAUACAUACGAAGAAAAACAAAAAGCUAUAUUUCAUGAUAAAAUUAAAACAUUCCAAAUGUCUUAUAAAUUAAUAUUUUUAGCUUGUACUCUUCAAAAUUCACCUAGAAGAAAACAUACACAUGGAAAAGGCUUAGAAACAGAUUUUUAUUCUAAAUUUAUGCACAAAUAUUGUCUACAAAAUGGAUUGUUAUCAAAAGUGGAUAUGUAUAAUGAACCUAUACAAGACUGA